AUGAGGUUUUGCGUUUUCGGGGUUUUCUUGUUUUUCCUCGUUCCUUCUCCUAUCUCCGCCGGUUUCUAUCCCAACUCCUCUGCCAUCCCACCGGAUCUCCGCCGUAACGCAACCGGAAACGUCUGGAACUCAUUCUUAAAUUUCACCGGCUGCCAUGCUGGCAUGAAAGUCGAUGGCCUCUACAAGCUUAAACAGUACUUUCAACAUUUUGGCUACAUCCAAGGAAAUUUCUCCGGAAGCUUCACCGACGACUUCGACGAUAUACUCAAGAACGCCGUCGAGAUGUACCAGAGAAACUUCCGGCUUAACGUCACCGGAGAACUCGACGAUCUCACUCUCCAACACGUCGUGCUCCCACGUUGCGGCGUCCCCGACGUAGUUAACGGCACGUCAACUAUGCGUAGCGGUAGAAGAGCCUACGAGGUCUCCUUCGCCGGACGGGGCCAACGUUUCCACGCCGUCAAACGCUACUCACUUUUCCCGGGAGAGCCACGGUGGCGCCGCCGCGACCUAACCUACGCGUUCGAGCCGCGAAACGCGUUGACCGAGGAGGUCAAGAGCGUGUUCUCACGCGCGUUCGCGCGUUGGGCGGAGGUGGUUCCUCUGACGUUCACGCGCGUGGAGACCUUCUUGAACUCCGAUAUCAGCAUCGGGUUCUACUCCGGCGAUCACGGCGACGGAGAACCGUUCGACGGCCAAAUGGGGACGCUCGCGCACGCGUUCUCACCGCCGAACGGGCAUUUCCACCUGGAUGGAGACGAGAAUUGGGUGGUCUCCGGCGACGUAGGCGGCAACAACUUUCUCUCCGAGAGGGCGGCUAUUGAUCUUGAAUCGGUGGCUGUUCAUGAGAUCGGACAUCUUCUAGGGUUAGGCCAUUCCUCGGUUCAAGACUCGAUCAUGUAUCCGACCAUCACGACCGGGAGGCGUAAGGUUGAUUUGGCGACCGAUGACGUGGAAGGCGUCCAGUAUUUGUACGGUGCGAAUCCUAACUUCAACGGCUCAAGAACUCCACCACCGUCCACUCAACAACGAGACACUGGCGAUUCCGGUGCUGCUUGCAGAAUCGACGGCUCUCGAUCGGUUUUGACUAGUCUUUUGCUGUCGACCGUUGGAUUGUUUUUGGGGUUGUAUAUGCUGUAG